ACAAAACUUUUUAAUGUUUACGAUAUUAUCCAUCACAAGUACCUCGAUGAGUUAUGGAGAGAUAUUGACUAAACAUGAAUAAGAAGAGUCCAAACAUCUAAAUUAGUAGAUAUAAAGGACAUUUUUGGUUGAAAAUCUUUUUAUUCAUAAUUAAUUUCCCAAAUAUUGAUGAACUAUAUGUAUGAUAAUAUGUAAUAAUUCGACUGCUGACGGCCCUCCCAGUCAGUCCACACGCGUUGGACAUUUAUUGCUGUCAAUGGCAGUGAAUGAGUUCAAAUUCCACCAGCUGCAGCCUGAGAUGUGGGCAGAUCCAAAAUGGUGACUCCUUGGCUCAGCAUUGUGCAAAAUGGAUCGAUGGGUGACUCAGCUUGCUGUGAGAGAUGACGGCACAAAAUUAACAAAACGGCCACCAAGUUAAUCCUAGCUUUGUGCGUGGCCCGCCUGGUUUUUGUUUAGAGUUUGAUGCUGAUCAUGACUGUCUUUUGUCCUUCACUAAAUCCGCCAAACUGUUUGCUGACUGUUUGACAUACCUCAAGAAUCGAUUCUAAUACUGUACAGUUGUGCUUUGACUUAUGAGUGUAACAACUGAAGACAUUUUUGUAUGAUUUGUCAGGCUCAAUUUGAGGUAUGAGUGUAACAGUAAAAAGUUAGCGUUGGGUUUGGAAUGUGUUUUUUUUCAUUGUUUAUUACGUAAAUUAUGUCUACCAGUAUUAACUUGAUCACUGCCGUUGGGGGGGAUACACAUGUGGCUCACGAGCCGUGGGUGGGUCGCUCAUUUAUGGGUUAUACUGGAGAACAGAAGAUGUUUUACUCAUUCAGUGCCAUUGACGACGAUAUUAAUGAUAAGAGCGAAUGAAAAACAAAAACAAAAAAAACUCAGUCCAAAUAGAUGGGGCAUCUAUCACCAUCAAUGACACCAAAAAUAUCAUUUACUGCCAGGAACCGUCGGCUUUAGGACCCAACACAUUUUUUAUGGGCUGAUUGUCCUCCCUCUUUCUCGCACACACACAUACGCACUACACACACUGAUGCUUUCCAUCUGCUUUGAGCCUCCGCAUUUACAUCGCAGGCGUGAAGCGCGAGUGGCGUAGCGCUUUGCUGCUUUAGAGGGUUAGUAGCGGACUCAUCACUCGACAACAUGUCACAAAGCAGGAGGAGCGCGUUCGGACGGACAGGCAGGAUGACCUCGGAUGGCACAGUCGGACGGGGGCCCAAGGCGGGCUCCCUAGUGGAGGUCAUCGGCAAGGGUCAGCGUGGCACAGUGGCCUACGUGGGAGCCACCCUCUUCGCCUCAGGCAAGUGGGUGGGUGUCAUCCUUGACGAAGCCAAAGGCAAGAAUGACGGCACUGUGCAAGGAAAGCGCUACUUCACCUGCCGGGACGGCUACGGCAUUUUUGUUAGGCAGUCGCAGAUCCAAGUGGUAGACGACAGCGGCGACACCCCAUCUCCAGAGACGCCCGAGCCCGGCCUAACCAAGGUGCCCAAGCGAGACAUCCCGGACACGCCCAAAUCUACCAAGCUGCGAGGAAUCAAGACCAAAAAGACGCCGACUCCUCGAAAGACCACAGCGGCCAGAAGGCCCAAGCAAUCAAGUCGUCCGGCAGGCUCCAGUGGGAAGGCGCCAGUGUCCGGCUCGGCCUCUGCGUCAGCCGGUGAGAUGAGCAGCAGCGAGGCCAGCACACCAGCCCAGACGCCGGUGGCGCCCCCAAUGCCCAGCAAGGAGGAGGAGGCCCUUCGCGCUCAGGUGAAGGACCUGGAAGAGAAGCUGGAGACCCUGAAGUUGAAACGUGGUGAGGACAAGUCCAAGUUGAAGGAGCUAGAGAAGCACAAGAUCCAGCUAGAACAGCUACAAGAGUGGAGGAGCAAGAUGCAGGAGCAGCAGGCUGAGCUGCAGAAGCAACUCAAGGAAGCCAAACGGGAGGCCAAAGAGGCCUUGGAGGCCAAGGAGCGCUACGUGGAAGAAAUGUCUGACACUGCCGACGCUGUGGAGAUGGCAACGCUGGACAAGGAGAUGGCGGAGGAGCGUGCCGAGUCCCUGCAGCUGGAGCUGGAUGCCGCCAAGGAGAGGGUGGAGGAGCUCACUGUUGACCUGGAGAUCCUCAAGCACGAGAUCGAGGAAAAAGGUUCCGACGGCGCAGCGUCAAGCUACCACCUCAAACAGCUGGGGGAGCAAAAUGGCAGGCUCAAGGAAGCUCUGGUCAGAAUGCGAGAUCUGUCGGCGUCCGAGAAGCAGGAGCACACAAAGCUGCAGAAGCAGAUGGAAAAGAAGAAUGCGGAGCUGGACGGUUUGAGGGGCCACAAAGAGAGGCUGCAAGAUGAACUGGCGGCAUCCGAGAAGAUCGUAGACGAGCUCAAAGAGCAGGUGGAUGCAGCUUUGGGGGCUGAGGAGAUGGUGGAGACACUGACGGAGAGGAACCUGGACCUGGAGGAGAAAGUCCGCGAGCUGCGGGAGACCGUGGCUGACUUGGAAGCCAUUAACGAGAUGAACGACGAGCUGGCAGAGAACGGUCGCGAGACGGAGCUAGAGCUGAGGGAGCUGCUGGACCUGAGCGGUGCUCGAGUACGCGAGGCCGACAAGCGGGUGGAGGCGGCGCAGGAGACAGUGGCCGACUACCAGCAAACCAUCAACAAGUACCGACAACUCACUGCGCACCUGCAGGAAGUCAACCGGGAGCUGACCAGCCAACAGGAAGCUUCGGCCGAGCUCCAGCAGCAGCCGCCCGCCGAGAUGUUUGACUUCAAGAUCAAGUUUGCAGAGACCAAAGCCCACGCAAAGGCCAUGGAGAUGGAGCUGCGAAAGAUGGAGGUGACUGAGGCCAAGCGCCACCUGUCCCUGCUCACAUCUUUUAUGCCCGACUCUUUUGUGCGGCGCGGUGGCGACCAUGACGCCAUUUUGGUGCUCCUACUCCUUCCCAGACUGGUCUGCAAGGCGGAGCUGAUCAGCAAACAAGCGCGGGAAAAAUUUGACCUGAACGAGAACGGGGCGGAGCCCAGUAGACUGCGAGGGUCUGCGGGUGAGCGGCUGAGCUUUGCCGGCGGUCUAGUCUACUCGCUGACCCUCCUGCAGGCCACCCUCCAUAAAUACGAACAGGCCCUGUCGGAGUGCAGCGUGGAGGUGUACAAGAAAAUGGGCUCCCUGUACGCGGAGAUGAGCGUCCACGAGCGCUCGCUCGACUUCCUGAUGGAACUCCUGCGCAAGGACCAGCUGGACGAGACGGUCAACGUGGAGGCACUCACCAAGGCCGUCAACUACUACCAGCAACUCUACGCCGUCCACCUGUCUCAGCAGAGCGAGGACUGCACUGCGCAGCUUGCCGACCACAUCAAGUUUACCCAGAGCGCACUGGACUGUGUGCGGGUAGAGGCCGGCCGCCUGCGGGCCUUCCUGCACGCCGGCCAGGAAAAGGCAGAGCUAACCACACUGCUGGAGGAGCUGGAGACGGCCUGUGGCGACGUGCAACAGUUCUGCAAGAAGAUCCGACGACGCAUGCCAGGCACUGACGCGCCGGGAAUACCGCCCUCCCUCGCCUUCGGACCGCCGGUUUCAGAGGCGCUACGCGAGUGCCGCAAGCAGCUGACGUGGGCGGUGGCGCUUCUGCAAGAGGUGGCUGCGGCGGGGGCCCAGAUGAUGUCUCCGCUGGGCGAACAGGAGGGGGGCCUGCCGGCUGCCAAGCUACACGACGUGGCCUUCAAGGCCGGAGAGCAGAUUUACGGACAACCAGGCGCAAAUCCGUACGAAUGCCUGCGUCAGUCGUGCCGUAUCGUCAUAGCGACCAUGAACAAGAUGGCCACAGCCAUGCAGGAGGGCGAGUACGACGCCGAGAGGCCUCUCAUCAAGAACCCACCUCCCGUGGAGCUUCGGGCGGCCGCUCUGCGUGCGGAAAUGACCGACACGGAAGGUUUGGGGAUGAAGCUAGAGGACAGGGAGACCGUAAUCAAGGAGCUCAAGAAGUCGCUCAAAAUUAAGGGCGAAGAAUUGAGCGAGGCCAAUGUUCGUCUGAGCCUGCUGGAGAAGAAGCUGGACAGCUCUGCCAAAGACGCUGACGAGCGUGUGGAGAAGAUCCAGACACGGUUGGACGAGGCCCACCAACUCCUCAAGAAGAAAGAGAAGGACUUUGAGGAGACGAUGGACGCCCUGCAGGCCGACAUUGACCAGCUGGAGGCGGAGAAAGUCCAGCUGAAGCGGCGCUCCAGUGUCGGCCCUUCGGCCCCGCCUGACGCUCCUGGCUCUGUCGGAAUGCCCAGCGAGAUUGUGCAGGUGGUUGAUUCUCCACUCUUGACGCGGCAGUUAGAAGCUCAGCGACUUUGCAUCAAGCAACUGAAGAACCAAAACAUGUGGCUGAAGGCAGAGAAGAUGCGCGAGCAGCUGGCAGCGCUGCCCCCGUUACAUGUGGCCAAGCUACCCAUGCAUGGGCACGGCCAGGAUGAGGGGCCCUUCUCUGGCGCGCUCUACAGGAAAACUGAGCAGCUGCUGCAGACGCUGCUACAGAUGAGCGCCAACGUCAAAGUGGUCGACAUCACUGGAAAAUGCCCCAUGAGUCCAAGCGCUCAACUGAUGGAGCAGACGGCUCGCUUGCAAUCGAUGAGAGAAACGCUGGACAGACUCAAGGAUGAGGUGGCCGACCACGUUGUUCGGCGUCGGCCCGGUGCUCGCGUGCCGUCAGACUUCGCUACCUUCCCUACAGCCUCCUUCGUCAAGGCCGACGAGGAGAAGCGCGGCGAUUUCGUACUGGCAGGCCGCGUGCUAAUCCCGUGCCCUCGGGGUCAAGAGAGGGUCCACCGCCUGCUCCUGACGCAACACCAGCUCCGCCACGUCCACGGACUGCUGCGUGCCUGAGCCUGCUACUCUUCGUCAUCCUCACCCGGGACGCCGCCAAGAUGUCAAUGUGAACUAUUUAUGUUGAAGCUAAUUUUGCACAUCAUCGUAACCAAGUUGGGUAGAUGCUCUCCAACGGCCGACAUUUUUUGCAAAUUUGAAAAGUCGCAGGAAGGAAUAAAAUGGACGUUUUAAAUGCACUUUGUCAUGAAUACAGCAUUUAUUUAACUCUUGCCAUCAAUGGCAGCUAAUAGAUGCCCAAUCCAUUUGAACUGGAAGGGUUUGCAGUAAAUGGAUAGGACAUCUAAUAGUGCUAAAGUCAACAGCACAAUUAUAUAAAGAAAAAAAAAUUGGAGCUGUUUUUUGUGAUUAGUGCAUCAAAUAUGACACUAAUAAAGUGGGGCUUGUUUCAUCUGCAAAA